AUGGAUGCAUGGCAAGGCGAAGGUGACGGAAUGGGACCAUCUGUUACACGCACAGGUAGCGCCCUAGCAUCCACACCGACGUUGAAAAAUGGGAGUGACCUACGGGAAUCUGGAUACUUGAUCGCUGUCGGUUCCAGGACUGCCAGAUUCAGAAGAAAACACAAAAACAAAAUAAUGAUUACUUUUCUAUUUAUUUGUCUAUUACUUCUACUGUGCCUUUUUAUAACAAUGACUGUUUUAUAUGUCAAGCAAAAGCGCCACAGACCAGAAAUAGUUUGCGAAAGUAAAGAAUGUCUACGUUCAGCUGCCAAUUUAGCAUUGUCGAUGGAUAGAAGUGCUGAUCCCUGUUAUGAUUUUUAUCAGUACGUGUGUGGAAACUGGGCUGAAGAGCACCCUCGACCAGACGCAUACCACUCGUACGACUGGUUCCGAGACAAGCAAACCAAAGUGUACACAGUAGUGCGAGACUUCCUGAGUAGAAAUACCAGCCUUCAGCCAAAACCCGUACAACAAGCUAAGGAUCUUUAUGCAUCUUGUAUGGACACAGAAACCUUAGAUAAACGCGGUCUGAAACCGAUUAUUAAAAUAUUGGAACAAUUAGCGCUACCUUCACAUCCGUCCUUUUUGAAUAUAACGGAAAUGGAUUACACUAAUUUUACAUUUGACUGGGUUGAAAGCGUGAUACAAAUAAAGACACAACUAAGUAUGGAUGUUCUCAUAGGUUUCGACAUAGUAACAGAUCCAAAGAAUUCAUCAGUUUAUAGACUUAUAAUGGGGUCUCCCGAAACCACAAAUCCAUUUCCAAGCAUGUUAAAUGAAAACAAACGUAAACACAGAUUUAAGCAGGAAAAUAUGAUUCAAAGAAAUUUAAUAAACGCGAGACACGCUCAGAAAAUUGAUGAAGACCAAGAAGCAGAAGUAUAUAAAAUGUUUUACGCACAUCUUAUAAAAUUGUUUCUUCUUGAUGAUGAUGUAAGAUCAAAUUUUACUGAAGCGGAACUGGAUCAACUUAUUGUUCACACCGCUGAUGCAUUUUAUUCUAUGAGUGUAGAUAUGUAUGAGCUUGAAUCAGAUAACAGUACAAACGUAGAUGAAUUAUAUCUAAAUAUACCUGACUAUACCGUUGACGAUGUCCAAAAAUAUACAGACUCUAUAGUCGAAAUCAAUAACGAAACGUUUUCACCUAUUUGGAGGAGGUAUCUCGAAGGAGUAUUUGAAAUAAGUGAUGUUAGACUAGAUUUUGGAAACGAGAAAAUAUUGAUAUCAGAACCGGAUUUAAAAUAUAUGUCACUUAUGGCUGCAUACCUUUCGAAGAUGCCUCCCGUUCUGAUUGAACUCUUCGUUUGGAUGAAGGUCGUAGAAGUAAUGGCAGUGCACACUAGCUCAGAGCUCCGAGCUUUAUAUGAACGAGCUUCGGAAGAGCUUCAGUCUGGACACAUGACAUUGUCACGCAGCCUUCACUGCGCAAACGCUGUUAAUGACUUACUUGGAAUGGCAGUUUCUUAUGCGAUUGUGGAUCAGAACUUUUUUAAUAAUACUAAACCGAAGAUUGAAACAAUGUUAAACGAGUUAAAAAAUGCCCUAGCGCAUUUAGUCGGAGUUGCCAAGUGGAUGGAUGAUGACACUAAACUGGCCACAUAUAAAAAAAUAGUCGAAAUGAAAACCCUUGUAGGUUUCCCAGAUUGCUCCUUAAACUAUGGCUCCUUGGGAGCUGUUCUCGGACACGAAAUAACUCAUGGAUUUGACAACUUUGGUCGACAAUUUGAUAAGAACGGCAAUCUAAUACCAUGGUGGUCGAACGACACAAUUAAAUCAUUUGUCAAUAUGACCCAAUGCUUCGUGGAUCAGUAUUCUUCAUUCUACGUUCCCCAAAUUGGGAAACAUGUUGAUGGUAAAAAGACACUAGGCGAGAAUAUAGCAGAUAAUGGUGGCGUGAAAGAGGCGUAUGCAGCUUUAAAAGCACAUUUGAGAAAAACCAGCCCUGAAUUAAAACUAGCGGGAUUUGAGUAUUUCACUUCAGAGCAACUCUUCUUCUUGUCAUAUGGCAAUCUGUGGUGCGGAGUAACAACAAUAGAAGCUUUAAAAGCAGAUAUGGAAGAUGAGCAUACGCCGCAGCAUUUACGAGCUCGAGGAGCUUUACAGAAUAACCCAGACUUUGCCAAGACAUGGCACUGUCCCCCUGGCUCUCCAAUGAAUCCUAACAAGCGUUGUAUCAUCUUUUAG